ACAGGAAGUGAACUGCUUGUCAGGUGCGUCACCAAAAAUGGAGAUACUGUAUCGAUUCCAAUAUUUCGGUGACCCUGCUUCGUUUACGCGCCCGCGCUAAUAAGGUAGACGGGCUCUGAAAGAUCUGGAAAUGGAAGUGAGAUUUAAAGGGACGAAAGCAGACAUGGAGGAGAUGACGAUAUGGGAGCAGCACACGGUCACGUUAUCGAAAGAUUCAAAGGUCGGCUUUGGUUUCGCGGUCUCGGGUGGGCUUGACAAGCCAGUAAAUGGGGACACAGCGGUGGUGGUCUCUGACGUUCUUCCCAGCGGCCCUGCCAUGGGUCGUCUUCAGACGCGGGAUCAGAUAGCUAUGGUGAAUGGUGUUUCGAUGGAGAACGUCACCUCGCUUUACACCAUUCAAAAUCUGAGGAACUGCGGGAAGACCGCAAACAUUACUGUGAAGAGGCCACGGACAAUUCAGGUUCCUGCAAGCAACAGACCUACUCGUUCUGCCUCACAAUCCAACAUACUGGAUGACGAUACGCCACAAAAGAAGGCUCAGCGCAACACCGACACCAACCGUAACCGCCGAGCUCGAAGCGCAACGCCUGACCGCAACGGUCAUGACCUUCCCAUCAUGUCCGGCUUCAAGAGACUUCCCAAUCAGGACGUUCAAGACAAGCCCAUCAGAACAACCCUGAUCAAGAAAAAACCCACAGACGAAUAUGGCAUGAAGUUGGGGAGCCAGAUUUUCAUCAAACACAUGACUCCCACCGGUCUGGCUGCCAAAGAGGGCAGCCUUCAAGAAGGAGACCUUGUUUUAAAGAUUAACGGCAUGACGACAGAAAAUCUGUCCUUGCUGGAGACCAAGCACCUGGUUGAGAAGUCUAGAGGUAAAUUGACCAUGUUGGUGUUGAGGGAUGACAGAAAGUUCCUCGUCAGCAUUCCCGAGGUGGAGGACAGUCCUCAAAACAGUGCCGACGAGAGGCGGCAAGACAGUAGUUCAGAGCUGGAGGAAAUCUCUGACCUGGAUUCUGACCUCCCCGCAAACCGAACAUCCCGUCCAAGAGACCGUCGUUCUCGCAGAAACCGUGCCAACCCCGUGUCUAAACCAAGAGAAUCGCCUCCUCUGCGCUCUACACUCACUAGACCACCCGCUCAAUCGGUGCCCCCUCGUAGAGUUCCCUCAGAGUCUGAAUCGGACCGCAGCAACUCUCCUCCAGCGUCAAGACAUGGCACUCUUGAUAACAGAGACCGAUACAAGGUUCUCUCCGGGAUCUCUGCGUUGCCAAAUCCUCGAGCCUCACCCGUCACCCAGAACUGGAACCCCUCCACUGCCUCGCAGCCUCGCAGAGCCGUUUCCGAGUCCGAUUCAGACCGAAGCGCCUCUCCUCCCCCAAGGCGUGAGAGUCCCAAACCUGAAAACCACUCCAGAUACAAGGUGCUUCCCGAUCUUCCUCCUCAGGGGAUAAAGUCUUCCUCUCUUAGCAUGUCUCAGGAUUUCCCUCGCCGCAUGGCGUCUCCUUACAGGCCUCCACCCAGAGCUGCAUCAGAGUCCGAAUCGGACGAUAGCACCGGACCUCGGCGCAGCCAGGAGUCGCGCAAUAGAUACAGGGCGACACCUGAGGUCAUGUCAGUCCCUGUAAUGGACCCCCCAAAAUGGGCGAAACCCUCAACGCCUGUACAGAGAGCUCCCUCAGAAUCUGAGUCCGAUGCAAGUUACAACUCUCCUCCGAGAACACAGUCUCCAGCCAAUAAAAACUCCAGAAGCAGACCAGGAGCUGAGAUGCAAGCGCCGGUCAUCAACAUCCGACAGGACUCUUCUCUCAGAGCCGCUCCUGCCAGACCACCACCUGAAGACUCCUCUGAAUCAGAAAGAGCCCCAUCACCUGUCAGGAGAAUGGAGAGUCCCAGCCACAACAGCGAUCUCAGUUUUCCGCGUGCUAACGGCACUCUUCGCUCUAACGUGUCUGUUCCCGACCACAGCAUGUUGAGUUCAAAAACUGACGAGGAGCCACUUUAUUCACUUCCUCCAGACGCAGUGCCAACACCAAACCUGGGGUACAGCUCAGAUCAGAACCACGUCAGCUUUGUGAAGGAGGGCAAUGUUGGGUUGAGGUUGGUGGGAGGAAAUGACGUUGGCAUCUUCGUUGGUGGUGUCCAGCCCAAUAGUCCAGCUCAGAGACAAGGCAUGCAAGAGGGUGAUCAGAUUCUGGAGGUGAACGAUGUGGACUUCAGUCACUUCACCAGAGAGGAAGCAGCUAUGUAUCUCAUGAACAUACGUGCUGGUGACCGUAUCGAUAUCCGGACUCAGAAUAAAAUGGACAUAUACAAGAAGAUUUUGAAGUCCAGCCUUGGUGACUCUUUCUACAUCCGCACACACUUUGACCACAUGGCUGAGACCAGUACUGGUCUGAGCUUCACCAGAGGCGAGGUCUUCAGAGUAGUGGACACUAUGCACCGCGGGAAGCUGGGAACCUGGCUAGCUGUGCGCAUGGGCAAUGACCUACACGAGCUGGACAAAGGCACCAUUCCUAACCAGACCAGGGCUGAAACUUUGGCCAAUUUAGAGCAGGCACAGAGAAUUAGUGCAGCUGAACGCCAGACGUCCGGCCCCAGAGCUGAAUUCUGGAAGUUACGGGGUCUCAGAGGGGCCAAAAAGAACGUCAGAAGAACCCGCGAUGACCUGCUGCAGUUGACCAUUCAAGGCAAAUUUCCAGCAUAUGAGAAAGUUGUUCUGAGAGAGGCCAAUUUCAAACGGCCUAUCGUCAUUUUGGGUCCUCUGAAUGACAUUGCAAAUGAGAAGCUGGCCCGAGAGUUGCCAGAUGAAUUUGAAGUUGCAGAAAUGGUUGCCAGAAGUGGAGGUGAAAGUUCAUCCAGUGUCAUCAAACUGGACACAGUGAGGCGAAUAGCAGAGCAGGAAAAGCAUCCCUUGCUGGACAUUACACCCACUGCAGUAGAAAGAUUAAAUUAUAUCCAGUACCAUCCCAUGGUGCUCUUCUUAGAUCCUCAUAAUCGAAAAGAUGUGAAGUCAAUGAGGCAAAAAUACAUGCCAGGCUCCAAUAAGAGCUCUCGUCGACUAUAUGCUCAGGCCUUAAAGCUGAGGAAACACUACAGUCAUCUAUUUUCCGCACGCAUUGAUCUUCAGCCUAAUACAAACAUGUGGUAUGAUGUUUUGAAAGACAAGAUUCGGCAGCAGCAAUCUAAACCGGUCUGGGUUUCUGAAAUGUGCAUGGUUUAUUUCCAGUUGGAGGGAGGUGGCGAUGAGGACCUUGACGCGUUCAACCGAGAAAAUAACUCUGACUACCUCAGUGGUGCCAGCGACUAUGAGGACACCGACGGUGAGGCCAUUACGGAUGGUGAAGGCUACACAGACAACGAGGACCUAGAGGAGCCCUCUGUAGGCAUUGCCAGAAACCGUGGCACUGCACUGGCCCGCUCCUCGGAGCCCGCCACUGGGCAGAAUCAUAGUCCUGAACCUCCCUAUGACCCAGAGCCAUACCUGGAGGAAGAGCCCGUGUACACCCUACCUCCCGGCGAAAUACCUCCUAUCCUCCAUGUCCCAGAGCCCCGAUCUCCACGCCUUGCCCCUGGCAAUCCCCAACAAGAAGACGAUGUACCCUCGCAGAGGAGUUUCUCAGAUUCAGAUUUUAGCACUGGUGACUUGGCUGCAGCACCUUCCGACGUUCCGCCCAAUUUCAGGGCACCAGAUCCCAAAGAAGUGCAUUCAGGGACCCCUCCACUCUCAGCCAUAGAGGAGAAACUACAGCAGGCCCGUAUGGCAGAACCAGAAAGGAAACCCUCCCCUUCGUUUAUAGUACUGGCACAUCACGAAGCCAUGCUAAUGCGGAGAACACAGAUCAGAGGAAGCGACAGUGACAGCGAGGAAGAAGACAGAGAUGAUUUUAGCGUAGAUGAUGAUGAAACUGAUGACAUUGAAUGGGGACCUGCAACAGAGCUGUAAUACGCAUGGAUCGUACCGACAUGGACCUCUUAUGUCUCAUUGUGGACAUGUGCAUUUACACAAUCAAACUGGAUAUAUUCUUUUGGUAUUUCCAGUGUUUUUUACGCAGUGUCCUUAUGGACUUGUGGUAGAUGACUGUAAUCUUGGAUCGAUUUUGAAGAUUUGUGACCAGAAUUGCUUCCUUUUGUGGGUUUCAUAGUUUAACGGAUGUGCUAAAGAUCUUCCUCAGGAUUAUAUGGAAAAUAAAUAUUGCCAGUUGUAAUAAAGACAGUUUGGGUAUGCUUUACCCUCUUCAAUAA